GCAAUUGAGGUAUGAUGGAGAUCUUGUAGCAAAAUUUUAUUACACAAACAACAAACUGGUUUGGGAGAUACUCAAUAAAGGUCUAAAGAGCAAGAUGGAGAUAGAUUGGCCAGAUAUAUUUGCCUUGAGGGUAACUUGUCCAGAGGGUGGACCUGGGACAUUGGAGAUUAUGUUGUCUCGGAGGCCAAGAUUUUCCAGAGAAACCAACCAACAACCACGGAGGAGUACUGCGUGGUUGGGAAGCACAGAUUUUACUAGUGGGCAAGCAAGCAUGCACAGAAGGCAUCUUCUGCAGUGUGCACCAGGAAUAUUGAACGCGCACAUUGUGAAACUCCUCUCAUGUAGCCAUCGUCUAUAUUCAUUGAGCCAGGAAAACACUAUUGAUCAGGAGAAUCCUUGUUUUGAACAAUGGCAUUCAGAGUAUGAAGUUCAAGGGAGCUCCAGCACCCAAGAUUUAUAUCACCAUUAUUAUUCACACGAGUUUUGGCCACAGAAAUUUGGUGAGCUGGUUUCCAUGUCAAUUGGAACAAAUGUUGUAGGAAGAAAUCAUAAUGGAUCCCAGCAGGAGGGCAUGCCUAUACUCAUCCCAAGCUCAGCUCCUAAGCGUGCCUCUGUUAUCACAAGAACUUCUUCAGGUGGCCUCCAACUGCAAGGGGACAUGUUCAACUGUAACAACUCAUCCUUCCAAACACCUCGCCGAACACAACUCUCCAUCUCCAACAGAAGGACCAUGAAUGACACCGCAAGCUACAUGGCCAAUCCAAGCAAGCAACAGAACCUUAAUCUUGCCAGCGUUGGCACCUCUUCAAGCAGCCUGAUCCGGCCGGAGGACGUAAGGAAGUUCGUCAAGGACAUUAGGUCGACCAAUCAGCCAGACAGGUCAUGGGUCACGCCAAUGUACUCCGAUGGUUCGUCUAGUCAGAUGACGAUAGAGCUGGAUUUAUCCAACUAUGCCUUCAACAACACUGCCCAGACCUUCCAACAGAUUGAUCCAAGGAACCCACCUAGCAACGAUAAUGCGACAAUGGCCGCAAUGGCGCUUGAGAAGCUAUCCCAUUAUCUGCUCAGCGACAGCGACACCGAGCCUGCAGGUGCGGCCGAAGAAGCGGUGAUCAUGUCGAGGGUCAACUCCCUCUCCAAACUAUCCCAGCAAGACCUAGCCCAGAGCUCCCAGGCCAGUAAUGCCACCCGUGCUCCUCCUCCUCCUCCUCCUAUUGACUUUGAAGCUGAAGCAGCAACCCAGGUGCUCAACGGUGACAGCUGCAGGGGCAAUGGCCUACUGCCAUCGACGGGGAUGCAGAGCAUGCCGUGGCAGCAGGAACCAGUGGUGGAUAUCGAGAUGGACAUGGCAUAUAUGUCAGAAUUGCUCCCUUUCUGCCCCUGAUAUAUAUGGUGUGCUCGUAGUUGCUGCCUGCAUUACAUGGGAGCAGUGUGUAUGAGAGCCUAGACAGAAUAAGGUUCUCGUGUCGGCGCCGAUGCGGUCAGUCGUGUUGGCUCGUCAACUCCGGUAAU